AUGCAAAAUGGAAUGGAAGAGGACAAUUUGUUCAAAGACCUUCAAUUAAAUAAUUUUGCUAACGGUGCAAAUCCUUUUAGAAAGGGAAGUCGGCCGAUGUUUUGA